AUGAGGUUAAAUUUGUCUGUUUCAGGUGAAAAGAACAUGGUUCCUGAGAACUUGCCAAUGGGGAUUUUGUUCUUUUCUCAAACUGCUGUUGGGAUUCUUGGCAAUUGGUCAAUUCUUCUUCCUUAUAUCACAUCUGUAUUCACUGGGAAAAGUCUGAUGCCCAAAGACCAGAUUUUAAGGCAUUUGACUUUAGCCAAUUCCUUGGUUAUUAUCUCAAGAGUAAUUCCUCACAUAAUGGUACAGCUGGGCUUGGGAUAUCUCCUGGGUGACCUUUUAUGUAAGCUCACUCUCUACAGUAAUCGAGUGUCUCGGGCCAUUUCCCUGCACUGCACCUGCCUCUUGAGUUGCUUCCAAGCAAUCACAAUCAGCUCCAGCAGCUCCAGGUGGAUGAAACUUAAAAACUCAGUCUCAAAGUGCAUGGUUCUGUCCUGCUCACUCAGCUGGCUUGUGCAUCCUCUUCUAAACAGCAGAGCAGCUAUAAGUGUAAUUGGUCCUCAUAACAACAAUAACGUGACUAAGAAAAUCAAGUUGGGGCACUGCUCAGCAAUUGUUUUUGUCAAUACUGUAACUGGGCUACAUCUGUCCUUGCUUUGUUUCACUGAUGGUCUGUAUUUAUGUCUCAUGAUCUGGGCCAGUGUCUUCAUGGUGAGCAUCCUCUGUAGGCACAAGAGUCAGUUACAGCACAUCCACAGUGCACAACACACCCCCAGAGUCUCACCUGAAGACAGAGCCACAAAAACUAUCUUGACCCUUGUCUGUACCUUUGUCCUCUCCUACUCAAUGUCCUUCAUAUUAGUUAUCUAUACUGUGGCAUUUGACAAUCCAAGGCUGUGGAUAAUCAACAUAUUUACAUUCCUAGACACAUGCUUCCCCACAUUUUGCCCUUUCAUCCUCAUCCAUAAUAACAAAUCAGCUCCCAAGAAUCAUUUUCCCUGCUGUAGGAGAAGGUAA